UCGGCAGCGGGAACGAGGCCGUAGUGACGUGUUCAUUUGGGGAGUGGAGGCCGUGGCGAGUGAGCCGUAACUCAGUAUGUCAGAAGGGGACAGCAGUGGAGAUGCCAUUCAUGGGAAACCAUCAGCAGUCAGCCGUUUCUUCACACAGGUUGGACAGGUCUACCAGUCCCUUUUAGACAAGUCUACGCCAUAUAGCAUUAUGCGAUGGAUUGUAACAUUUGUCUUUGGUGCAAUCUACAUGAUUAGAGUUUAUAUCUUGCAGGGAUGGUACAUUGUGACAUAUGCAUUGGGGAUUUACCACCUGAACCUCUUCAUUGCUUUCCUGUCUCCGAAGGUUGACCCUUCCCUAAUGGAAGAUUCAGAUGAUGGACCUGCACUACCGACAAAGCAGAAUGAGGAGUUUAGACCUUUUAUAAGAAGGCUACCAGAAUUCAAAUUCUGGCACUCUGCUACAAAAGGAAUUAUAGUAGCCAUGGUUUGCACAUUCUUUGAUGCCUUCAAUGUGCCCGUUUUCUGGCCAAUUCUGGUCAUGUACUUCAUUAUGCUCUUCUGUAUUACCAUGAAGAGGCAAAUUAAGCACAUGAUCAAGUACAGAUAUCUACCAUUCACGCAUGGGAAAAGGAUAUACAAGGGGAAGGAGGAAUCCUCAAAAGCAUUUGCCAGUUAGAGAACAUGCUACUUGGCACUCCAGGAUUAUUUUCUCCCGCCUCUUUACAUAUAAAUAUUGGACAAUAAUCGCAAGUCACGUGACUUUAUUAUUAUCAUGUUUGGUCCAACCUCUCGGAAGGGUACAUUUUAGAAGGUGAUUUAGUUUUGAGAUUAUCUUUUGGCGCUGAGACUUUGUCUUUAUAAAAUGCAAACACUUUUUCCUGACCAUUUUGAUUUAAUUUAUAGGUGACUUCAUUGAAAUCUCUCUUUUGAUUGUAUACUGUAUAUGCCAGUUGCUUCAAAUGUACUUUCACUUGUGUCAUUUGGGGAAAAAAAUUAAAAUAUCAACCCCCCUGCUCUUUACUAAAAUAGAUUUUAUUUCAAAAAUAUGAUUACCCAAAUUAUAGAAGCUUUUGGCAAGAUACUGUUGCAGUAUUAUGAUACAAUGUUGAAUAGUUGGAUAAGGCACAGCUCUCUGCUUCAUUUACAGGUCCUAACAAGGUAUUGAAAGCUUUCACUAUUGAGGUGUGGGGUUUGGAAGAGAGGGUGAUGGCAUUGGUGAAUCAGAGAUUUUAAGUAUCCGAGUUACAAGAUGGGUGAAGUAAACCUCGCAGCCUUUGAAAGCUGUAUUGUAGGAAUCAAGCAAUAUAAGAUCCCUUUCUCCUACUAUUUUAAAUCCAAGAAUCAAUUUUAAAGAAAUUGACAUCUAGAUACUAUCAUUGAACUUUAAAUCUAUCAGGCCAGAUAUUAGUGAUUGAGAAUGAAUCAAAUGUAAUUAAAGUUUUAUGAUAUGCACUCAAGGUUCUGAGCUUUGAACUUGGAUCUGUAACAACUCGCAAGAUCCUUGUGCCUGGAAUGUGGCUUUGUUCUGUUCUUUAAGCUACUAAAGCUAUCAGUUUUCACAUAUACCAGCAGGAGGUGGUUUAAGCUUCAUCAAAGUUCCAAUAUUAUACUUGGAGACAGCUGUGCUUACAACAACUCACAAGCUUGCUGUCAGGAAAUGAGGAGACAAGUGGAUUGCAGAACAUUGAAUGCAUGCUCCUAAGGGGUUAGAAGACUGAAAUAACAAACUAUCAAUGUUCCUGAGCUUUGGCAUUUAAUUGGCCUAAUCACUGGGACUCUGAGGUAGUAGUUGAGUAAGAUGGUGGAAUAGGGCAAUAAGUACAUAUAAAUAGGUUGUGAAUGAGCAGCAAGUCAGGACCAUUAUUGGAUUAAGCAUUUGAAAUUAAACUCCAGCUCUCUUUGGGAGUCUGUUGCUGCACUGUUGGUUGAAGCAGCACUAGGGGGUGCUCCUGGUCUACACAACAGCCAGAGAUGCCUCCUGUACUCUGGUGAUUGCCGGAUGGGAAGUACGUACCCACGAGUUUGCGCUGUUUUUGGCCAAAUGGCCAGUUGAGGCAUGUGUGUAAUGCCUGGCAAAUUGAGUUGAUCCAUUUGAUCAUUGGUGAUCUAGUAGACCAACAUCUUCAGUUCAACACAUUCGGGAAAAUCAGAGUUUAAAACGCAGCUGAUUGUUCCAUCACCUUGUAUGAUUUUUGAGCUCAUGACCCAGGAUCGAUGAGUUUUCCUAAUUUAUACCUUGCUGAACAAAUAGGUUUGUGUGUCUAUGUAUGCGUAGGGUGAUAUGCAUGUUAUUCCCUCCUCAGUGUGUAUAAUUUGAUUUAAAGCAGGGUUAAGAUCGCAGAAUAUUUCUAGACUUUAUAUUUAAAAGUAUGAGAAACAGUUCAACCCAUACCCUUUCAGAAUUCUCAUUGUCUAUGUGAACUAUAUAAAAUGUGCAUGUUGAACCUUGCUUAGCACCUGUGAAACAUGUCAAAGUCACCCACAACCUAAUAUUUUCAGAUUUUAUUUACCAUAGUUGAAGGAAGGUUCAGCAUGUUGCACAUGUCUAAGAUGUGCUAGUCUAAAGGGUGUACUGCAAAGUUGAGAGAGCAAAAUAAUACAUUGUGCCCAGAAUGUUUAUACAGAAGUUGCAAAGUUACUAUUAAACUUGACUUCUUAUUAAAAUGUCAAAUCUCGUUUGUCACCAAUGGAUUUGGAUUGUUUUAAUGUUGUGUUUUUGUUGUAUUUAAAGGACAACAAUCUUUUGGGAGAUUUAAAAUCCCACCAUUAAAUUUUUCCACAUUCUCAUUUUUGCCUGGCAUUCCUUUUCUCACCUCCACACCUCACAUUUUAGGAUUUGGUGCUAUAAAGUUUGGAGAAAGACAGUCCUGUUUUGAACAAGUUAUUUAUUAUUCCCCUGGAAUUCACUUGUGUAUUUUUUAAAGCUCAAAAGUGUGCCAGAAAUUAAUGAAUGAGGAAUGUGGUCAAGCAUUUCUGCUAAGAGAUGUUUCAGGACAUUGUAUCCUCCUCCAUCUCUAAUACCCCACUACAGCGAGAAGAUUGAACCACCUAUGGGCGACAGGUAACCAGUAUCAGAAAUGUUGUCCUUGAACUUUUUUUUUACCCUGUGCCAUGCCAGUAACCAUUUGUAAUGUCCCAUAUGUAUUCAAACUGCACAAACUUCAGAACUUGAAAUAAGACUCCGAAUGAAAGAAUAAGCUCAGCAUUGCUGUGUAAGUGUGCUUGGAAACACCUUGCAUUCCUUCAUGAUGAAGCAGCUUCAACUAUGCUGAACAGGAACUGGAAUUGAGAUUCACUUUUGGUACAGGUUACUUGCUGCAUCACACAAGAUGCCCAUUUUCUUCUAUUUCAGUAACAAGACCCUGAAGCAUUUUAGUUAGACUUGAGUCUUGGUUGCUGUUUCUUCAGUAAAGUUUCUGAACACUGUUUGAACUUUGGACUCACAUCAAUUAUGCGGUGGUUACAAAUCCAAAAAUGUAUAGGAAAUGUAUUGAGGUGCUUAUUCCUGUAGUGAUGUAAUCCCUACAUGAUGAUCUAGGUGAGGUUAAUGCUUUAAAAUUAAGAGAAAGGAGUCAAUGGUGCAUUUGUACAAUUUUAUAUGAAACCAAAUCACCAGACAUUGUGCAAAUAGGACACUUGCUGCAUUCCAUCAAACUUGUUAGCAUUGAUCCUGAGCACCAUUCAUGGAGAAAUGCCUUUCUUCAAUUAAAGCGGCACCUUGUGUUAGGGUUUACAAACUCAUGAUUUAGCAUCACACAUUAAUGUUACAUUUAUUUUUACUUGUAAUAAAAGUGAAUAAAAUAAUUUGUAAUGCUGUUUCUUCAGCCCUCUUCAGGCCGGGAAAACAAGUGAAAAUUAAAUUAAUUAAAUAAAAGAACUGGCCUGAUAACUUAACUGUGUUUAUUUAUUUACAUCACUAUGCAUUUUCCUAAAGGAAUAGGAAAUAUGGUGAACAUUUAAAAAUAUUUUUUUCAUCCAUUCCCAUAAUCUACUAGAUCACAAAAGUCAGUUUGCGCACACCCAAAUACGCAUCAGUUCUUAGACCUAAAGCAGAUGAGGGUAGUCUGCACUCAAUGAGAGACUGAAUAGUGCAAUUUCAAAUACAUGGCCCCUUUCCCCCAUUGCUUCCUGAGAAACAAAUAACCUCCUAGGUUACAGAUAAGGGAAUAAAGGUGCAUUAACUCAUUUACAAAUGAUAUUCUUUGUCCAAGACAAUGUCAGCCAUGAACUACAGUGUUCUUGGUAUGGCUACCAAGAGAUAUAAUUAUUAGGUCCGUUUGUUCAAGUGGAUUUACAAUUUCAUGUGAUUUGAGUGGAUAUUGCCCAGACUAAUUCUAUUCAGGUAAAAUGUCAUAAAGAGAAUCAGCAUCACUUCAAUUGAAGUGCUGACAGAAAACAUCUUGUUACGGAAAUUCCAUGACUGGAAAAUAAUAGCUACUUCCUC